AUGGACGAAUUGAUGCAGGAUGCGCCGGGGUGGAUGGAAGCCCAGAUGUAUGGGAACCCCACAAAUUUCUCGGAACACUAUAGAGCUGUAAAUGCUCUCUGGAAAAUAUAUCGAGAGGAGGGCGGUCACUUUAUAAAGGGGUUUAGAGACUAUCGUAUAGAUAGAGAGGAGUGGGCGGAAGCUCCGUUUCCAAAACCAGGAGAGCAAAAUCCUCGAGAUUAUGUCAUAAAAAAGAACUGGGAGCGGAUUCCAAACAAGCAUGACGCUUGGGAAAGUACGUGGCCACCGUUCGUGCUCCAAACAUCAGAUUUAUGGGACGAGCCAUAUAGGAAUGAAAUAAGGGAAAGGUGCCGGGCUGCUCAAAGAUAUUUUGAGAGACGUCCUCUACAUGAUCUUAGACUUGCAAAGGUACUAGGCUACGGUGGGAAUGGUAUAGCUUUGAAGUUCAGAAGCAUACGUCCGCCUUACGAACUGGUAUUCAAGAUUGGUCGCCGGGGUUGGUUCGGUCCGGAGAUACGUCGCGAAGAGAGGGCUUUAAAGGAAGUAGCCCGCGCGGCCCAUUGCGUCCAAGCGCUCCCUCGGAAUGAAUUCUUACAGGCAGACUACCAGCCCUAUGAAUACGAUCCAAUAGAUCUGUACGAUUCAAGCGACGACGACGACGAUGUCUCUCUACCUGAUUCCGAAGUUGAAAUCCCGGACGAGCAGCAUGCCUUCCUGCUUGAUGAAUACAGUCGGAGAGACACCCAUGAAAACGAUCCUGAAGAUGCGCGGGUGAAACGUGAGACGCACAUGGAAAGGAUCCAGGACCGAGAUAUAUUGAUUGAUAAUAUGAUUCGUAAUAGGGUUGGAAAUGACCCAAAUAAUCCAAUCUUCCGCCAUGAUUAUGUUAUCAUGGAGUUUGUGGAAAAUGGUGACCUACUACACCUCAUCCAAAGGAUUGAAAAGGCCAAAUUUGACAAGAAAACGAAGAGAGUUCCCAACCGUGUUCUUUGGUCAUUUUGGCUUUGUCUGGUUAGGGCGUGUGUUGCCUUAGAGUUUCCUCCGCGGAUGUUCCAUCCUGGACGACACGACAGACAUGCUCCGAAAGUGCUUGAGCACUCGGAGAGGGUACAUAAUCGUUCAGAUCCCGAGGGGGGGCCUGAUCGGUGGAAAACUGUCGGAGAGGAGCUCUUCGAAGAGGUCCCGCCUACCGCUAAGAGAUAUGCUAGAAGGCGGUUGGUCCAUUUUGAUAUCGACGCAAAAAAUAUCUUCAUCGAUGGCCUAGACAGACAUCCCGAAGACGGUGAGCAUGCUAUAAUUCCUAGACUUAAGCUUGGGGACUUUGGACGUAUGAGGCAAAUAAAGCGUAACAAGGGAAAUCAAUACUACCUUCGGCAUCGCUUCACCGGGAAAUACGGCUAUUACGCCCCUGAACAAUUUGGAAGCGAGUGGGAUUACCUAGAAGUUACAGGCACGAUGGGCUGGGAAGUCUCGGAACAAAGAGUAGCUGGAAAUUACGGAUCACCGAUGAACGUAUGGGGAAUUGCUUUGACCAUGUGGACGCUCAUGACAACAUCUCGCCCGCCGAUCCCGCCUCAGCAGAGCCCAGAUGACCCCCUUCAUUACGCAGUAUUGCUCAUGGACGACCCCGAGUUCAGUUAUAUAGACGAAGACUUCCGGACUACGAUUAUGCAAUGCAUGAGGCACUAUCCCGAUGAGCGACCACCACUAGAUGUUCUACUAGCGCAGGCAAAGGAAGGCACACAACGGGUAUAUGAGGAUGAGAGUGACGAGGUAAUUAAAAAUUGGGUUAGAACAUUGCUAACCUUUUUCUAUAUCUACGACGCUGUUGAGCCCGACAAUGCCCCCCCUCGAGACCCACAUGACCCGUACCCCUAUCCACCGGCUCCAGCCCCCGCUCCAGGACCGGCUCACCCUCCGGGCCCUGCAGGACCUUUCGGGCCUCCCGGUCCCCCAGGUCCCCCAGGCCCCCCUGGACCUUUCGGGGGACCCCCUGGGCCUUUUGGACCUCCUGGACCUGGGGGACAUGCUGGACCGUUCUUCCCUCCAGCCCCUCCUGGACCCUUUGGACCUCCCGGCCCUCCGGUUCCACCACCUCAAGAUGGCGACCCCAUGGACGUUGAGAUCUGGGAAGAUCCACAAGGCGGCGAAGGUGAAGGCGAGGGUGCAAACGCCGCCGACCCUCCCGGGCCACCACAUGGAGGUGUCCCCAUGGGCAACGUGGCGCAUAACGUAAUUUGGGAAGCACCAGCAAAUGUACAUGGAGAAGGCCAGGCCGCCGAGAUUGUAAACCCCGACGACGAUGACGACGAAGAAUUCGACGAAAACGCAGAAAACAUAGACCCGUUUGCAGGGUUUGACGGACCCGGGGCUGCAGCAGCAGGAGUGCCUGGAUUUGCCAUAGGUGGCAUUCCCCCGCCGCCGCCGGGGGUAGUGGACUGGCUACCACCGCCUGGGCCUCCGCCACCCGUGGGACCCGCGUUGCCCCAAGCGCCAGCGCCGGCGGCUAGGCAUACUCUUAGAGAAAGACUUCUGCAGCGACUCAGACGUAAUCGUAAUGCUCCAGGGCAUGGGCCUGCUGCGCCUCGUCCACGCCGUAGAGAUCAGAUCCGAAGUUUAUUCAGGCGCAAUGCUAGACACUGA